AUGGUCUGGCUUGCUCGUGGGAGACUCGAGGGUUGGCCCUUGGCUGGUGAUGUUGCUGCUGAUGAUGGUGCCGCUCCGAUGAACGCCGAACUAUUCGCCGCUCAGCGUGUUGAUGCUGAGUUCGCCUGUCCGGGCACGCAGCUCUCCCCACCGCCGGUUUUCUUUUCUUUCUCUCCGGCCGGCGGCCUUUAUUCCUUUGCUUGCACUGCCGCCGGCCGGCCAACCACAGCCCACUUCUCCUUCUCAGUUUCCAGCGGCGACGGCAGUGAGCAUAGUGGCGGCAGCAGCGAACUUCGGCGACGAUUCCGGUCAUCCACCUCACCGGAGGGGUUCUCCGGUGAGAUCCUUCACCUUCCGACUUCUCUGGCUUUCUGGGGUUCGGACGGGCAGAGGAAGAAGAAGGCGGCAGAUUAUAGGGAGGUCCGGCAGUCCAGAUUUUCCAGCAACUUCCAGCGAGGGGGUUCCUCGGUGAAGAUUGCAUUCAUCUACGUCGGUGAUGAAGCUAGCAGCAAGUCCAUCAGAGUGCUACUGUUCACUGGUUCUUGGGGGUUCCGGAGCCGGGUCCUUGUGUGACGGCAAGGGUAGUCAUUGGUAAUCGGAAGCGAAGUGUGAAUUGUGGUUGGAUUAGUUUAGUUUUCUUAGUUUAAUUCUGCAUUGUGUUAAUUUACUUGUGUUGGAGUUUGUUUCAUUGAAUAUUUGUAUUGAACUAGAUUUCCAUGUUUAAAUUGCACUUACUAUGCUUGAUUAGUUUCACGCA